AUGUUUCCAAAUAAUCAUGGAGAGAGUUGUUAUACCAACAACAACAACGACCAAUAUCAACAACAACAACAAAAACCACGGCCGUGUGCUAGAGUCAUCAACCAACAUCAUCAAGAAAGCAAUGGUGUUACAUACACGGACAAUGAAUUUUUAAAUCUUGAGGAUUUUCUGGUGGAUGAGUCCAAAUCACAACGGAAUGCAAAUGAUGACGGAUAUUCAUCAUUCAGUUCUGGACAACAAGUUUUAGGUUCAUUCAUUCAUCGGGAUGGAGAUGGGAAUGAACUCAUACCAUCGGGACAACAUUGGACAGACAAUAAUAACGACCCUCUCCAACACUUGCAGAGUUUCAUCGGUAGCUUUAUCAUACCUUCGUUUUCUUCAAGUACAACUGCACAGGCUAAUAUCACUAGUAAUAACGAGAGCAAUAAUGUAAAUAAUUUAUCAAACAGUAGUGACGAGAACAGUUCGGAAUUUUUUCCAAUCGCUUGUGAACAGUGCCGACAACAGCAUCGAAGGUGUGAUAAACGAUUACCAAAAUGUUACUUGUGCACCCAACGAAAAGUUGAAUGUGUCUAUAGAGAACCUAGAAGAAACAAGAAAACCAAUCAUGAUAACAAUGUAAAGACUCCAGAAAACUCCAGAAAUCACUCAUCGAACGUACACCAAAGAAAUGUAAAUAAUCCAUCGACCCAUUCCAUGAACCCAUUAUUCUCACCUUAUCCUCUUGGGAAAAAGUCAGUUAAUGAAGAGUUGAAAACUUCCGAGUUAUUGAGCUCACGAGCUGUCUUUGAUCUUUAUUUUGAUGUGGCAUGUGAAGGCUAUCCGUUGGUGUCACGAGAAGAAUUGGAAAAUUUUAUCACACAUUUUCCAAAUUGUGAUGAUGUUGGAAAUGACACUAACAAGUUGCAAAAUUGUGAAAUGUUUGCCAUGUAUUUUAGUGUUAGGGCAUUGUGUGAAUCUCGAAAUGGAUUGUUUGAACAAUCAGAAAAAAGCAUUCAAAAAUCUAAAGAUUGUCUUUCCAAAGUAUUUGAUCGAACAUCAAUCACCGUAGCUGCAGUAUAUGCACAUUUGGUAAUGUAUGAAUUAUACACUGGAAAGACAGAACAAGCCAAAUUCUAUUUUACAAUUCUCGACUUUUUAUCAAAGAAAUUAUUUGCACCAGAAGACUCUGAGAGUGUUACUCCAUCCCAACCAACUAUUUAUGAAAAGAAUUUGGAAGUAUGGAUCUAUAGCUACAAUGCUGCUCUAAAAUUGGGUAUUAUAGAAGAUUUCGAUAAGGUAUCUGUUGAAAAUUUUUUGUCUUGCAUUCCUGAAAUAUAUUCUUUUUUUUGUCAAGAACCAUUGCCUCAAGAAUGGAUUCAAUUGAUGACUAGCAAAGUGACACCUGAAAAUUGUUUUGAGAUUUGGAGCAUUAUUGAAUUACUUGUGAAUAAGUUCAAAAAUAUCGAAAAAUCAGACAUGCUUUCAAUACCUGACACAGUGAAUAGGCUUGAAUUUGUUGAACCUCUUUAUCAAAUGAUAUUGGACAGUUUGAGGAUAGCAAUAUUGUCAAAAUCUCAAUCAUCCAUCACACGAGAAGUUAUUGAACAGAGUGCACUUAGCAUUACCAAUCACACCGAAAAUCCUCUUUACCCACUAUUUCCAAUUGAUGUUGUGUUUUGUGUGAAACAAGCAGUCGAAAAACAUUUAGAAAUAUGCAACUCCAUACUACAACAGGGAGGGAAUGAUUUUGUACAUAAUGGAGUCGACUAUUGCAGCAUUUUAAAAAAGGAUUUACGUGCUUUCACUGUGAUGAAACCAAAAUUCAAAGCAGUGAACAAAUGGAUUAAUAACAUUUCCUCUCGAAUUGAGGAAAUGAUUGCCACUAUUGAACGAGUCAAAUUUCAAUAA